AUGUGUGCCGCGGGCGCGGUCGUCGCUGCUGCGGGGUCGUGUGUCGGUGUACUUCCCGACGGCUUUGCUUUUGGAGUACUCGACGACGUUUGGGCCGAGGACGCGCUCACUCCCGACAAGACGCUCGAAGCUGGCGUCGUCGGUCCUGGUGUGGAAGAUCCCGAAACAAUGGACGGUGAGCGAACCUUUGUGGGCCCGGUCGUGGUUGGAGCAGGGGACGCGGCGCCACUCCCAGUGGCAGCAGCACUAUGCGACAGUCGUCUGGAAAGACCAGAAGCCGAGGACAGCGACGACGAUGCCGCCGUGGGCAGGCCCGGUGUUGUCAGAACGUGUGAGGCCGGAACUUGUGCCUUUGCCACCAGGGGCUUUGCGCCUCCGGCGGCGGCGGCGCCUCUAGCAGCGGUGCCUGCGCCGCCGAGUACGGACCGGGGGGUGCCGGCGCCGACGGGCGAUCUCGCGCGUGAUGAGGGAGUCGACUCUGUCCGCAGUCCUAUAGAGGACGAGGAAGCAGUUGUUGACGGUGCACGCGCAGGCCUGAGGCCUGGUGUCGAUGCGCCGCUGCCGACUGGGGAAGAAGCAAUGGACGCAGGGUUGACGCGCGCCUUGAGCCGGGGCUGCGUCGAGGCUGUUGAGGUCGACGCGGACACGGAGGCGAGGGAACUUGUCGACGGUGUCGGCGUAGACGACAAGCUCAUCUGGCCUGUUACCUGA